GCGCAAAAGGUGCCAGAAAUGAAGAGGACCCAGUUGCGGAGGAGGCGAGCACCAUAGGGAGCACCGUUGAAAGGAUCACGGAUGUGCAGAUUAAAUAAGUGGCAAAACCAUUCUCAGUUGUCAAAAAUGGCCAAAAACACAUCCCUAUAUUUCCGUAUUAUAGAGGGCAGGAGCCUUCCAGUCAAAGACGUCUCUGGGACCAGUGACCCAUACUGCAUUGUAAAAGUUGACAAUGAAGUUGUGGCCAGGACAGCCACAGUGUGGAAGAACCUCAACCCUUUCUGGGGAGAAGAAUACACACUGCACCUCCCGACGGGGUUCCACUCGCUCGCCUUCUAUGUCAUGGAUGAGGACACCAUUGGCCAUGAUGACAUCAUUGGAAAGAUAUCGCUGAGCAAAGACACCAUCGGGGCCAAGGUUAAAGGGCUGGAUAACUGGCUGAAUCUGACCCGGGUGGACCCGGAUGAGGAGGUGCAGGGGGAGAUCCACUUUGGUCUGGAGCUUCUCAGAGAUGCCAAAGGUAUAGGACUACGAUGCCAUUUCAUAGAGGCCAGAGACUUGGCACCAAGAGACAUUUCUGGAACCUCUGAUCCCUUUGCCAGAAUCCUCUUCAAUAACCACAGUGCAGAGACUUCGAUCAUUAAAAAGACUCGUUACCCACACUGGGGUGAGACCCUGGAGUUGGAGCUUGAGACAGAGGAGCUGUCUGAGGGAGGGACUGUGACAGUGGAGGUCUGGGACUGGGACAUGGUGGGCAAAAAUGACUUCCUGGGAAAGGUGGAAAUCCCUUUUGCUUGCCUGCAUAAGACACCUCUGGUACAGGGUUGGUUUCGUCUGCUGCCCCUGGGAAACAAUGAGGAUGAUGCUGGAGGUAAGCUGGGUGCGCUGCGACUGAAGGUACGUCUGGUGGAGGACCAUAUUCUUCCCUCCAUGUACUACCAGCCUCUCAUUGACCUGCUGGUGCAGUCAGUCAUCUCUCCUGCUGAGGUGGAGGACGGCAGCCCCCUGACCAUGCUGGAGGAGGUGACCACAGUGGAGAGCCGGCAGGACGUGGCCAUGACCCUGGUCAAGAUCUACCUGGGGCGGGGCCUGGUGGUGCCCUUUCUGGACUACCUCAACACCCGCGAGGUCAACCACACCUUGGAUCCAAACACCCUGUUCCGGUCCAACUCUCUAGCUUCUAAGGCCAUGGAACAGUUCAUGAAGGCUGUGGGGAUGCUGUACCUUCAUGAGGUCCUGAAGCCCAUCAUUAACCGCAUCUUUGAGGAGAAGAAGUACAUUGAGUUGGACCCGUGUAAAAUUGACCUGAACAGAACCAGGCGUAUCUCAUUUAAAGGUGCGGUGUCUGAGGCUGAGGUGAGGGAGAGCAGUGUGGAGAUGCUGCAGGGCUAUCUGUCUAACAUUGUGGAGUCCAUCAUUGGGUCAGUUACCCAGUGUCCACCUGUCAUGAGGGUGGCCUUCAAACAGCUGCACAAGAGGGUGGAGGAGCAGUUCCCUGAGCCAGAGAAUGAGGAUGUGAAGUAUCUGGCCAUCAGUGGGUUUUUCUUCCUGCGUUUCCUUGCCCCUGCUAUCCUCACACCCAAGCUCUUUCACCUGAGGGACCAGCAUGCAGAUACACGCACCAGCAGGACACUGUUACUACUGGCCAAGGCAGUGCAGAGUGUGGGGAACCUGGGUUUGCAGCUGGGCCACGGUAAGGAGCUGUGGAUGGAGCCCUUGCAUCCCAUCAUCCUUUAUAGCGUGGCCUCUGUUAAAGACUUCCUGGACAAGCUCAUCGACAUUGAUAGCGUGUCAGAGGUGCCCCAGAGGGCUGUGUUCCUGCCCUCAGUGACAGUGAAGGAGGGCUAUCUCCAGAAGCACAAGGCCGAAAGCCCCCAGCUCCUGUCCCGCUUUUCCUUCAAGAAGCGAUACUUCUGGCUGAGCAGUGAGACACUGUCCUACGCCAAGACCCCGGAUCCCUGGCAGGUGCGCUCCUCCAUCCCCAUCCAGUGUGUGUGUGCUGUGGAGAGAGUGGAUGAGAAUGCCUUCCAACAGCAGCAUGUGUUGCAGGUCGUCACCCAGGACAACGAUGGACAGAUGCACACCAUCUAUACCCAGUGCAAGAAUGUGAAUGAGUUGAACCAGUGGCUGUCAGCCAUCAGGAAGGCCAGUAUCUACAACAGGCGCAUGCUGCCCUCCUUCCACCCAGGGGCGUACCGAAGUGGCAAGUGGACCUGCUGCCUACAGGCUGACCGCGCAACUUCAGGUUGCAGUUGCACUCACUCUGCAGUGACUCUGGGCGACUGGAGUGACCCAUUAGAUCCAGAUGCAGAGACCCAGACCAUCUACAAACAGCUUCUUCAGGGAAGAGACAAGCUCAGGAAACAGUAUGUGGAGGUGGAGGCUGAGAUGACCACAGAGGAAGAGAAUAGAGUGAACUCUGGGCGGCUCCCUGAUGGAGCAGACUGCAGCGUGGAGCUCCAGAAGCACAGGCAGGCUGCAGCGGUUCGGCUACUUGGAGUGGUUCUGGAUCUGGAGCAGGCCCAUGCCACCUUCCAGCGGCAGGAAAGAGUGGAGGCUGGUAGCCUCAUCCUGACCCCCUAGAUUGGGCCUUCCCUGGGGCCUGAGCCCGGGUCUGAAGGGGAGAGCAGAGUCCUGUAUCAGACUCAAUGGAGUAUUAAAACUAAGCGACCACAGAAGGAAGGCAGCCUCUCCCUGCUCCCUGUCAUGUUGUCUGUUACAUGUGAUGUCUAGAGGAAGUCUCUUCUCAUCCAGAUUACUUCGUCAUAAACCAGAAUGAAGAGGAUACCCAUUCUGUAACAUCCUUUUCCUGGGAUGUUUGAUAUCACACACACACUGGUUUUCAGCUGUGGCGGAGAAGUUAUCUAGUGAAAUAACUGAUUGCCACAGGUCUUGCAUUCAGAUGAACUGCCACAUAAACUUCUGCUACUCUCCCAAAGCUUGGGUUCUUAUCGAUUGAGCAGGACACAAACUGUUAUGUGGAACUGAGCUGAAGCAGGGGCACGCAUGUAGUGUGUCAUUCCGUGGUACUGCAUUAUUGUAUCAAGGAAUGCAGUGCAUGCCCUGCAUCCAGCGUCUGUGAAAUGUGAAGAAUUUUGUUUAUAUUCAAAUCAUUAUAUGGGUCGUUCCAGCAAUUCGGUGCCUUUUAAGAAGUGUAACUUGGUAAAAAAAUAUUUUAAAAAUAUUUGGAUUUCACCUCAUUUUAGCAUUCUGUCAUAAAGAGCACACGUUUUCCCAUCUCAAGAGGUUCAAUUAAUACAAUUACUAUAGUAAGUACCUUUCAAAUUUCAAAUAAAGUAACAGGGUUGACCACAACAGGGUUGACCACAACAGGGUUGACCACAACAGGGUUGCGAAUUUCAUCUUAAAAUCAGCCAUAAAUCCCCUUUUGACAGGGGGAAUGAAACAGGGAGUGGCAAUUGAAUGCAGGCUUCCCAUUUGUAUGAAUUUGUUGUUACAACAUUUCUAGCCUGUCUAUGGGUAACACUAAUAAAUAAUAAUCUUCAGAAAUGACUUUUUCAGAGCAACAAUAACUAGGGCUUUACAAUGAUGGUGAAUAUGUGGAGAAAUGUUGGGGUUAAGUGGGUAAAAAACUUCCUCGAAGUCACAGAGGGUAGGGACGGAGGGACCUACCUAGAAGUCACAGAGGGUAGGCACGGAGGGACCUCCCUAGAAGUCACAGAGGGUAGGCACGGAGGGACCUCCCUAGAAGUCACAGAGGGUAGGGACGGAGGGACCUCCCUAGAAGUCACAGAGGGUAGGGACGGAGGGACCUCCCUAGAAGUCACAGAGGGUAGGGACGGAGGGACCUCCCUAGAAGUCACAGAGGGUAGGGACGGAGGGACCUCCCUAGAAGUCACAGAGGGUAGGGACGGAGGGACCUCCCUAGAAGUCACAGAGGGUAGGGACGGAGGGACCUCCCUAGAAGUCACAGAGGGUAGGGACGGAGGGACCUCCCUAGAAGUCACAGAGGGUAGGCACGGAGGGACCUCCCUAGAAGUCACAGAGGGUAGGGACGGAGGGACCUCCCUAGAAGUCACAGAGGGUAGGGAUG